AUGAAUCAUUAUCCGCCGCCGCCGCCCCAGGCGCAGCAGGCCCAGAGUCGGCCUCCAGGCACAGCUACAGGCGCAGCCCCAGGUGCAGACCCGACUAUUGCUCAUCAUAGUACCUUGACCUUCCGGGCCGCCGGCCUGUCCAUCACACCAGGCACUGCUGCUGGCACAGGUAUAGUCACAGUUCCAGGCACAGGCACAAGUGUCUUGAGGCCCGACUACUCUGACUACUACCCGCCAGAUGAUCAUCAGCACAUGAUUUCGAACCAUCCCAUGGAACAGCAACAUCUCUACCAGCAACAGCACCAUCAUCAACAACAGCAGCAGCAACAGCAACCUCCGCACCCGGGUCAAAUUGCAGUUCAGACCCAAGCUGUCUCCUCUUCUUCACCUGGACUCGAUGCCGGCCCCAAUGCAGGAGCCAUGGCGGCCGCCGCCGCCGCGGCUGCCAUGAAGCCCAUUCGUCGUCGGAAUCGUAUGAUCAACAGUUGCUUGGAAUGCCGUAAGCGCAAAUUGAAAUGCAGCAAGACUUCUCCUGCCUGCAUGAACUGCCUCAAGGCCGGACGGGAUUGUCUCUACAUUGGCCCCAAGCUCGACGAAGCUAGCCAGCUGCGCUUGGCCGAGAUCAAGGAGAAACAGGGCUCGCUCGAGCGCCAACUCGAGCGGGACGUUGCCAAGUCCACGACGCCCAAGAGUGCAUUGCAGCAGCGCAUCCUGGCCGAUGAGGUGGAGGAUGACUAUGACGAGGACCGCGAUCUGGAGGCAACACCUCUGGUAGCCCUGGAUAUGACCUAUGAAGAUGAUGCAGAUGGAACCGACGAAAUGAUAGACCUCGGCGUACAAAUUGGCAAGCUGCGCAUGACGGAGAGGAUUGGUGGGAUGCCGAGGCCCAGAUUAUCAGAAGAGUUGUCCGCCGGUUUAUCGGGUCCGCGCUCGCCCGGACCACCCGCUGGAUACGGAGGCCCACCGUCGAAUGCCAUGCCGGGCGGCAUGGGCCCCCGGGGCGGACUAGACAAUACGUCAGACGGGGGUGUAUCUGAUGCUUCAAUGCCCGACUUUUUGAGGCCCGGUUCACAGUUCCUGGCGCCCGGAAGUGGAUUCUUGUUCGGCCAGGUGAUUGAGCAGCCGUCGAUUCUGUCGUUUCUGCCGCAUAAAUCGGCAGCAGAUAGACUCAUGGCACAGUAUUUUACGUCGGUACACCCUAUAGCACCCUGUUGUCACCGUCCCAGCCUUGAGAGAGCGUACGCCACUUUCUGGGACGAGGUUAAUGCAAACUACGAACCGCGGCCGUCGACACAAGCCGUCAUCUUUGCUGCGCUCUUCAGCGGUGCCGUGGCAAUGGACGAGAACGAAAUAAUCCGGGAAUUAGGCGGAUUUCCAAAGGGUAACUGGAUGGCAAGUCUCAAAAUGGGGACCGAAACGGCUCUCAGCAAAUCCAAUUUUCUACGAACGACCAAGGUGGAGACCAUGCAGGCCUUCAUCAUGUACAUGCUUCCACUUUGUCGGGCCGAGCUCUCGAGGGCACACUCGGUACUUGUUGGUGCCGCUGCCAGGAUGGCUGAAUGCAUGGGUCUACAUCGAGACGGCGAGACAUAUGGGCUGUCGCCUCUUGAGACCCAUGUUCGACGUCUCCUCUGGCAUCAAUUAUGCUUCUUGGAUAUCCGGACAUGUGAGGCUCAGGGACCAAAGCCGGUGAUUAGGAGGGAUGACUAUGAUACAAAACUACCUCUGAAUUGCGAUGAAGACGAGCUUACUCAUGCGGUUGUGCCACCGGCGCCAUCAGAUCGUUGGACGACCAAUACCUUGGCGUUGAUACGCUUUGAAGUCAAUGAGAUGAUGCGAAUCAUUUGGUUGGACAGGCGGCGGCUGGAACUUCGCAAGACGACGCUGACUUCGGUUCUCACUAAGAUCGAGAAUUUUCGGCGGCGCAUGUCGGAAAAGUACGACCACCUCUUGGACUCCAACCAGCCAAUCCAGCGGUACGCAAAAUGUGUCAUGUAUCUCCUUACAUACCGCCUGCACGUCAUGGUGCUACAUCCCUACCACUCCAAUGCGAUAAGCCCAAUGCCACCUCGCUUGGGCUCACUUCUCAUAACCUCGGCAAUUCUCAUCUGUGAGCUGGCGAUCCAGCUCGAAACAAAUCAGAGCUUCCGCGCUUGGGCUUGGUAUCUGGGCGCUUACUUUCAGUACCAUGCUGCACUUCUGCUAGCCACCGAAGUAUACUUUCGGCCCAUGUCACCAGAGGCAGACCGGAUCUGGGCAUGUCUGGACUAUGUCUUUGGCAUGGAUCGUCGUCUGCCCCCCGAGAUAAAAGCCCAGCAGCUGUUGAACGAGAUUCAGACCAAGACGGCAGUUUAUUACAAGCUGCGCAAAAUGCGUGGCCCUACUAGUACAACGCGGGCACAGACGUCGCAAACUGUCGUUGGCGGUACCAGCAGGACAAACUCGGUCGCCUCUCUGGGAGGAUAUUCUCAGCACAUGUCUCCAGCCCCCAGUACCAAAAUGGAAACCAUGGCUACGCCGCCAGCAAUACCGCCAGGUAUGCCUCCGGCUCAAAUGCCACAGAUGGUGUUUGCAGGUGUAUCGGAUGGCCAGGCCUUGUGGAGUCUACCGCCUGUGCAGCAUGAGAGCCCUGGAAGCAGCGAUACCUCCAGUGUAGGACACACACAUGGUCUCAACAUGGCGGCACCCCCAGCCGCAGCCAUGGGCAACAUCAUGGAUACCAUUGACUGGGAUACCAUGUAUGCUCUAUUUCCAAAUGAUCCUACCACUGGCGGUCUCAGUAUCCAGGGCUACCAUGAUGACAAUCUUGGAAUUUUUCAUUUUCCUGCUUGA